CAGUCUCUCCCCCUUUCAGGCUUUCACUCACGCAGAACUCUUCACAUUCUUCCUUGAAAACCCCUAGCCUCCAUUGUGCCGCGGUUGAUCUCACCGUCGCCGCCUGGUUCGUCGUGGUUGUUCGCCAAACGCCAGUAUCUCCAGGUCUUGCUCCAACGUCGUCCGUCCGUCCUGUUCGUCGCCAGCUCCCCAUCGUCCGUAUCCAGCUCACCAGUGUUCGUUGCCAGCUUCCCGUCGUCCGUCGCUCUCCCUCAAAUCUAUGGUCACUGCCCUCGCCGAAGGAAAUAGUUGGAGGUAUAUAAGAAUUAAGAAGGAAGACUAUUCCAACGGGUGAAUUCUAAUCAUUGUCCAUGAUGAGGCUCUAUGAUGAAUUCAAAGAGAUACUAAAGAUUCAGAAGUUUCGAAGAUUGGUGUCAUAUACUGGAUUCUACUGCUUUGCCACACUCAUAAGCUAUGCUUAUGUUAGCAAUACAACCCGGGCAGGAUAUUCCAGAGCCGAUCAAUUCUACGCAUCGUACCCGGCUGGUACUGAGCUUUUAACAGAUACUUCCAAGUUGUACAAGGCUGCUCUUGGAAACUGCUUUGAAGCUGAAGAAUGGGGUCCAAUUGAGUUCUGCAUCAUGGCCAAACACUUCGAUCGUCAAGGGAAGGCUCCAUAUGCAUACCAUUCAACGAGGAGAUUUCGGUAUUUAAUAAGAGGAUUCAUGAGAUGAUAAGCAACAACUUUUACACUGCUACUUAUUCAAAUAGCUUCUUGCCUCCAGCUCCUCCAAGCAAGCCUUUCCCAGGACCUAAUACAAUUGAACCACCGCCACCACAACAUUCAAAGCACAUGGUUGGUGGAGGUUAGUGGCUACUGUACUCACUUGGUGUUUUACGAACUAUCACACUUAGAGGAAAAUGGUGAGAUAGAUAAUUAUUAGAUCAUGUGCCUCCCAAAUAGCCGCAUCUGAGUUUGAAUUUGACUUCAGCCAAAAGGAGAAAAGAACUCAUUUAGUGUGUUCGAAUGUGUAGUAUGAAUGUGUUGUAUUGUAUUAAGACCAAAAAAAAUUACAAAAAUAUAUAUUCUAUUCUAA